GGUCGCCCCUGGAGACGGCUGCGGACGGAGGACGGCGGCGGGUCAUUGCACAAAUAGGGGCAAAGCAAGGCGGACAAGUAACAGGACUGCUUAUGUAGACAAAAGAAUUCGCUGAAGGCCACGGAACCUGAGGCCAGGCAGUGUCUUGUGACUCCCAGUCUGGUGCUUUGAUUACCGACCGCUCCUGCUUUACAUGCUAGCAUCGCCGUCUCACUGAAAAUGUCGGGUAAAACAGCCAGCACCACCAACAACAUAGCUCAGGCCCGGAGGACUGUCCAGCAGCUGAGAAUAGAAGCCUCAAUAGAAAGAAUAAAGGUGUCGAAGGCGUCGGCAGACCUCAUGCUCUACUGCGAAGAACACGCCAAGAAAGAUCCGUUGCUGAUGGGCAUACCCGCUUCCGAAAACCCCUUCAAGGACAAGAAGACGUGCGUUUUGUUAUAGGGGCGCGGCCGUGCCUCCGCAGCUCCCCAGGGCAGGGCAAGCCGCAGGCAGAUGUGUAGGCAAACAACCUGUAAGGUACCCGGUAUUCACUGUCCUCUUCUCACGUGUAGAAACGAUCUCUUAGGCUUUCUAAAGCAUUUCCUCUGCUCCCAGUCUCCGGCAGGAAGCGAGAUUUCACACUGAACCACUUCUCCCUUUGUCCCAGGGGAGCGGGGUCCCAGCGCGGAGCCGUGGCUGCGACCGCGCUGCUGCUGUGACCUCGCACGCACACACCAAAGCUGCCCGGCUUUGCUGCCAAACAGAGCCGGGCUCCGAGUUGGAAUCCCCAUUAUUAAACAUUGGUGGUGUCACACUCGUUGAAAUCACGUGUGUGCACCGAGCAGGGCCUCCCUCCUUAGCAUUCAGGUGUGCAUUUGUGCACGUUCACACUUGGAAGUGCAUUAUCCAGCAGCAGCUACCUUGAGAAAUGAUGGUAGCGACUGCAGGAGAGCUCCAGGCUCACGCCAACACCCUUGGUGCACUUGUUCCUCUUGGCAGGGUUUUUGCGGUGUAAAACCUAAGAGUCAGGUAGCCAAGGGUUUUUCCUAGCCUUCAGGAGGAGUGGAAAAAGCAGUUUUCAGCUUUAAAUCUGUUUUUCUGAUUUCUCUAAUCAAAAAUCUGUGUCGGCAUUAAAAAAAAAAAAAAGGCUGUCAGGAUAAUCGGAGGCGACAGGCUCGUAGUUCAUGUCUUUGUGGAGGAGUUAGAGGUGUGGUUCUGUCACUCGAAGUCUCAUCUAUGUUUUGUGCAGGGACUCAGAAUUUGGCUCUUUCCUAAAUUCCUUCCUAAAGGGGAAAAAAUGCCAAAUUGCAUCCAGACUGUGGCUGUGCAGGCGUUAGCGGGGGGCCUUCCCACCAAGUCAGUCGUUUUAUAUAGCCACAUAAUAAAAGAAGUCCUUGCGUGUGUGUAUAUAAAUAUAUAUAUAUAAACUUUAAUAGAAUAUUUAUACAAACAUUGCAUAUUAACAGAAAACUUCCAGGGGACUUAAAAUGAUGCUGCCUGCAGCUGGCUACCGGUGUGUGCUGCCUUUCCCUGUAGCCAGUGGUCCAGGGCUGGAGUUGUGAGCAGCCGUCGCUGCGCGUUUCUGUAAGGAUACUUGCAGGACUUAUUAACCACUUGUAAUUUACCGUCUUACGUUGCCUAUUUGUCAUUUCUAUAUUAAAUUAUAUACGCACUGUUGAUAAUAUAUUGAGAAAUUACGUAUUUGUUUAGCGAGGCUCUUUAACAAACAGCUCAAAAAGCUGAAUACGAGGCCGGCAGUAAGAAAACUGUACUGCUUCCUCCGGGCUUGCAUUCAAAUUAUUUUUAUAAUCAGACUAUUUUUCUAGUGACGAUUUCCAAACGAUAACGUAGAUCAAUGCAGAUCCGCACCAAUUUCUUGGGUUUUUUUUUUUACUAUGCUCGAGUCUCAUUUUAUAACACGUUAGAAACAGCCGGUAGCUGAGUUGGGGUGGCCGGCAAAGCCCGGGCUGUGGGCAGGUGCGGGGCUCAUGCUGUGACCCAGAUGUGCUCCUUCCAGGAGCCUGCUGCCCCGCAGCCAGCAGUGCUGGUUGGAGCUCCUCGCCCCGCCAGAGGUACCCUGUGGUUCUGGAUUGGCAGUUGGACCAGUUGGUCGGAGAGGUCUUUUCCAACCUGAGUGGUUCUGUGACUCGGUGUGUCUAGCUUUGUCCCUGUGCUGUUAGCGAGCCGGCUACCGACACGAGGUCCGGCGGUGGUCCUAGUCUACAACUGGAGCUCUGCCACCUCUCGUCCUUCCCACUCGUAUUGCCGUACCCACCCAGCGCACAGGAUGCUUCCCUUUGUACUUUCUAAUAAAGAAGUCCUGGCACGGA